AUGCCUUUCUUCUCCAGCCCACAGGCCCUUCGCCUGCGCGACCUCCAGCAGACGUCCACCAACUUCGUCGCGAUGAGCGCGCAAUCAUACGACUACGGCGGCAAUGGCUUCAUGGGCGCUUUCAAGAAGACGCACAGCGCGCACCCGGAUUUCGCCAACCUCACCUUGCUGGUCUUUGAGGCGGUUAUGGAAGUCGUCUGCGUGAGCUUGCCAGGCUACAUCGUCGCACGCAUGGGGCAAUUCGACGCCGAGAACCAGAAGUUCCUCGCCAACUUGAAUACACAGCUGUUCACUCCUUUCUUUACGAAGCUGGCCUCGCAGCUGACAGCCGAUAAGCUAUCCGACCUUGCCGUCAUCCCCAUCAUCUUUGUCGUACAAACACUCGUAUCCUAUAUCGCCGCCAUUCUGGUGUCCAGAGUAUGCGGUUUCAAGAAACGCGCUUCCAAUUUUCUCAUCGCCAUGGCUGUCUUUGGCAACUCCAAUUCACUACCCAUCUCUCUCGUUAUCUCGCUCUCGAAAACGCUAUCAGGUCUCCAUUGGGACAAAGUCCCAGGUGACAACGACAACGAAGUCGCUGCGCGUGGCAUCCUAUACCUGCUCAUUUUCCAGCAACUCGGACAGCUAGUACGCUGGACGUGGGGGUUCAAUGUACUCCUCGCACCCGCCACCUCAUACUCGGAAGAAGAUGGAGGAAAGAGCAGCGCUUUGGAAAACGGCGAAUAUGAUGACGAUGAGGCCCAGCACCUCUUGAGUGAUUCGCAAUCUGGUUACUAUUCGGGAGAUGUUACGAGCUACGAAACGUCACCGGACAUCAGCGACUCUGGUUCCAUCUCCGAUCGUGAGGAUGUUCAAGCCGACUCUUACUUUGCUACGCCAACAAACGGGAAUGUUGUCGUUCCAGGGAACGGUGUCGUUAAUGAUCAGCCCAACGGCAACCUCGUGAACGGACAUGCGAAUGACUCCAAGCCAUACAAAGACUCUGAAAUUCCAAAAGGCAUCAAGGGUUGGCCGAAGCGAACACGAAAUGCUGUGCACAACGUUUCCACCUCCAUCUCUAGGGCAUUUUCUUGGUUCGGGCGCAGUAUUUUCCAAUCCUUGCCCAAAUGGCUCCAGCAAAUUCUAUCGAAGAUCUACAGAGGAUUAGCCCGCUUCCUCAGCGGCUUGUGGGCUUUCAUGAAUCCGCCUCUAUGGGCUAUGCUGGUCGCUAUCAUUGUUGCAUCGGUGCCGCAAUUGCAGCACUUAUUCUUCAGUCCAGGGUCCUUUGUUAGCAACUCAGUUACACGAGCUGUCAAUCAAAGCGGGCAGGUAGCCGUUCCCUUGAUUCUUGUGGUCUUAGGUGCUAACCUAGCACGCAACACAUUACCCAAGGAGGACCCACACGCAAUAGAAGACCCGAAGAUGGAGAGGACACUCGUCAUUGCGUCUUUGGUGAGUCGCAUGCUCAUUCCCACACUCCUCAUGGCGCCGAUGUUGGCUUUGACCGCAAAGUACGUCCCUGUCAGCAUUCUGGACGACCCCAUCUUCAUUAUCGUUUGUUUCCUCCUUAGCGGUGCUCCAACGGCACUCCAGCUCGCGCAAAUCUGCCAGAUCAACAAUGUCUACAUGGGAGCCAUGUCGAGGAUUCUUUUCCAGAGUUAUGUCCCUACAAUGGCGAGCUCUAAUGAGGGGUCCGCGCCGGGAGGCAGCACCAAUCGAAGUGAGCGCCCCGAGCUGGCAAGGAAUAUUACCGUGGAUGAUAGCACGUCACCGCGCUCAGCUGCAAAAGUGGUCACUUUCCCUGACGAGAGCAUCUCACCACUCAUCAUUGGAAAGAACAAAGAUCUUGAGCAGAAGGACUAUCUUGAUCUCGACAAGACCGCACGCCAGUAUACUUCCAGUCUGAGCCGCAAAAGGCUCUCCGGCAGGCCAUCUAUUGAGCACCUGCCAUCUUACAAGUCUCAGAGCCACGAUGGCAAUCCUUCUCUUUCUUCUCUUCUUUCAGACAGUUCUGCAGACGGUCAUCACCACCAUGAUGGUCUUUUGAAGCAAGUCAGUGCUUGGAUCAAACAUGAACGAGCAAGGCGCACGGCACGAAAAGCCAAGCGAAAGGGCUCUGCCAAAGUUGAGCAUGAAGACCAUGAAUCUACUCAAGAUGUCGCCGAAAGCGUCGUAGAAACUACCAAGACUCGAGGAAGAAGUGGAUCUCAAUCAUCCGACGGAUCAGUUGCUCUCGAUCAGCUAGCAAACAUCUUGGAGAAAACAUUGGCUAUCAAGCCUGCUGACACGAAGAGGAAGUAUGCUCAUGUCCGUAAGCUCUCGACAGGCUUGAAGCGUCACUCUCUAGUCACGGCAGACUCAGAUUACUUCGAGUCUGUAGAUCAGCUUGUUCCAAACUGUGAAGCCAUCCUUGACAAUUCGAAAACAAUGGCGUACACUACCGACACCCCAGAGCUCGAGCCAGUCACUGAGAAGUCUGCCAAGAAAGCACGCAAAGAGAAAGAAGCAUGGGACACGUUCAAGUUUGAGAUUCUACGCAUCGCGCAUACACUACGACUGAAGGGCUGGCGGAGAGUACCAUUGGAUCUCAGCGAGCAGAUGGACGUACAGAGGCUGAGCGGCGCAUUGACGAAUGCUGUCUACGUUGUCUCGCCGCCUAAAGACCUUCCUUCGCAAGCUGAGGGUGCAGAUGGUGUCCCCAAGCCCAAAAACCCGCCGCCCAAGCUUCUGCUCCGCAUUUACGGCCCACAGGUAGAGCAUCUUAUCGACAGAGAAUCCGAGCUCAAGAUCCUGCAACGUCUUGCACGCAAGCGCAUCGGCCCACGUCUGCUCGGCACGUUCACAAAUGGACGUUUCGAGGAAUUCCUCCAUGCAAAGGCACUCACUGCGAAGGAACUGCGCGAGGUCGAUACCUCGAAGCAGAUUGCGAAGCGUAUGCGUGAGCUCCACGAAGGCAUUGAUCUUCUCAGGGAAGAGCGAGAGGCUGGGCCCUUCGUAUGGCAGAAUUGGGACAAGUGGGUCCAACGUUGUGAGCAGGUCGUGACAUGGCUUGACCAGCAAAUCAAGGAUAGCGACCCGGAAUCAAUCCGAAACCCAGCAGACAAGUGGAAGAAGAGGGGACUGGUGUGUGGCGUGGAGUGGCCUGUCUUCCGAGCAACUGUCGAGAAGUACAGGAAGUGGCUCGAGGAGCAAUACGGUGGCAUCGAAAAGAUCAACGAGCGACUGGUGUUUGCACAUAACGAUACGCAAUAUGGAAACAUCCUCCGCAUGGUCCCAGAGGGCGAAUCACCUCUCUUGUUGCCAGCAAACAAGCACAAGCAGCUCGUGGUCAUUGAUUUCGAAUACGCAAACGCUAAUUUACCUGGUCUUGAGUUUGCCAACCACUUUACCGAGUGGGCAUAUAAUUACCAUGAUCCUGACUACUCAUGGCGAUGCAACACCAAGUACUACCCAACGCUUGAGGAGCAGCAUCGAUUCAUAUGCUCCUACCUGCUGCACACACCUGCAUACCGAGCACCUGGAGGUUCCGCUUCAAACCCAUCCACUCCGCAUCUUGGACCGCUCCCUACAUCUGGUAGCACCACUGCACUCACUGCCACUGCUGCACCCAACACAAUCUCGGAAUUCAUGCUUGACUCCCGUGCACCGCCUGGGGAGAAGUACUCCGAGCAAGAGGCUCAACGUGAGCGCCAGACAGAGGAAGAGGCUAAGCGUCUGAUGGCUGAGACCAAGCUCUGGCGUCUUGCCAACUCGGCAAUGUGGGUAGCCUGGGGCAUCGUGCAAGCCCACGUCCCUGGUUUGCCCGACUUCGACGCAGAAGAGAAGCGCGCCAGCGGCAACGAGAACGCGGCGGGGCUUGAUGGAGCAACGACCGAGAUGCGCGCAGAGGCAGAGGCAGAGGCAGAAGAAGAGAAGAAGGCAGGAAGCGUGAGUAAAGAGAAAGUGGGAGAGACAGAAAUUGCAAACAUUGGAGCUGAACAAGAUGCUGACAUUUACAAAUCACAGGAUGAGGAGGAGUUCGACUACCUCGCGUAUGCGCAGGAUCGCGCCAUGUUCUUGUGGGGCGAUGCCAUACGUAUGGGUAUAGUCAAGGCUGAGGAGUUGCCCGCGGAAUUGAGGGCCAGAGUUAGGACGGUGGAAUACUAG